CCCUGGAAACUUCCACAUUUAUCCACAACAAUCCAUCGUCCUAUGAACCUCAACACAUAAAUAUGAGGCAACAGCCCUUCGUAAUCAAAAACUUCAUAGAAACCGCACUAGAAUCUCAGAUAAGUAUGAGGCAACAGCCCUUAUUAAUCAGCUCAUUGCUAGUAUCUUUGCUUUGUCUAGUAGGUUCAUCCAAUGGCUCUUUGCUACUGCCAUUAUUGGACACCUCAAGAAGCCUAUCGUCUGAUCCCUGGGUAGACCGGUUCCCGGACCCCUUUCGGGUGCUGGAACAAAUCCCAUUUGGGAUUGACAGGGAUGAGAUCACGGCACUCUCACCAGCCAGAGUUGACUGGAAGGAAACACCAGAGAGUCAUGUGAUAAUGCUGGAUGUUCCAGGGUUGAAGAAGGAGGAGUUGAAGAUUGAAGUGGAGGAGAAUCGGGUGUUGAGAGUGAGUGGUGAGAGGAAGAAAGAGGAGGAGAAAAAGGGUGAUCACUGGCAUAGAGUGGAGAGAUCCUAUGGCAAGUUUUGGAGGCAGUUUAAAUUACCAGAGAAUGUGGAUUUGGAUUCAGUCGAGGCUAAGCUUGAGAGUGGUGUGUUGACAUUGUCCUUGGCAAAAUUAUCUCCUGAUAAAAUUAAAGGUCCCAGGACUGUCAGCAUUGCUGGAGGAGGGGAUGAGCCUAUCAAACUCAAGAGUGAACCCAAGCAAGAGCUUUAGAGGCUUUUCUUCAGACGUGUGUCCAUGUCUCACUUGUAUGUUGGAGAAUAAGGUUUCUAUUGUAUGUACUUUAACUUUGUUCUGUUCUGUGGAUGAUGCAAUGUGCAAUGUUUUUACAAAAACUUUCAUAAUGUAAUAUAAUUUUCCUUAUCAA